GGGCGUUAACGGUAUAUAAAGGAAGAAGUGCGUAUCUGUAUAUCGCUGAAAUUUUCUGCAGAUCUACUUAACCAGAGUUGCACCUACUUACACCAUGCCAGUCUUCCGGUAUCUGAACAAGCAUAGAGAGCUGAUUCCUCUGGCUAUAAUUAUGACUACCACGCUGAGUGGGAUGGUAUACACCGGCAUCAGAGCCCUGAAAAGAUCAGAUAUCACUAUUGAUAGGUGGAACAAUCCUGAACCUUGGGAAAAAGUGGAUCCCUCCCAACCUCAAAAGCUGUUUUCAAUCCAUCAGAAAUGGGAGCCCAUCCGAGAAUUGGAGGAGGUUCGAAAAGUUUACAAGGAGUGAGGUCCUAGCCCUUCCGAAUGGCACUCUCUGAAUCUAGUGGAAUCAUUUCUGCACAAACUAGAGGAUGGAAACCAGUGUGCGGAAAUGCUUCUGCUACAUUUUUAGAGUCUCUCUCCAUUAUGUGUUGGACUCUGGAGGAGAUUCCUGUUGGUUUUACAAUCCUCUCAGCCUAGAACCCUAUUGCGGAAAACACAGAAAAACGUGUCACAAAGGGUGGCUUGUUGUAUUUGUUUUGAACCCUGCCCUUUUUCUUCUAGAAAGGCUGAGCAGCAUUUUUCUCCACGUGUGAGCUUUAAAAAAGAGUUGGGUUGUUGGGGGAAAAAUAUGUUGUUUAUGUUUUCAAUAAACUUGGAAUUGAUCGAUUAGUUUAUCGGGUCUCAGACUGAUCGU